UAUUAAAAAGAAUUCAUACAUUAUCCUUUACAGUGAGGGGACAUGGCUCAUCCUGGUGAAUCUUUGCAAAUAAUUCGAGUAACAAGGGAGGAAAAUGAUAGCGUAAUAUCCCAUGGACUUGAGCUAAACGAAAAGAAUUUGGCCAGAAUUUUGAUGCACCCUGAUGUUAAGGAAAAUCCCGUUGUCAUUGUGUCCGUUGCUGGGGCCUUCAGAAAGGGAAAAUCAUUUCUAAUGGGAUUUUUCCUUAAGUAUUUAGAGGCAGAGUCUGAAGACUGUGAAUGGCUACAUGGUGAUGACGUAAUCGAAGGAUUUGAGUGGAGAGGUGGUUCAGAGAGGGUAACUUCCGGAAUCCAUAUUUGGAGCAAACCUUUUAUUCGUGAGAACAGUUUUGGAGAAAAGAUUGCUAUAUUGCUGAUGGACACACAAGGAGUUUUUGACAGCGAAUCCACAGUUAAGGACUGUGCCAGUGUGUUUGCGCUCAGCAAUCUCAUUAGUUCCGUGCAGAUUUAUAACCUUAUGCAACAGCUACAAGAAAAUGACCUGCAGCAUUUAGAGUUUUUCUCUGAGUUUGGAAGACUGGCAGUAGAGACAUCAGGAGAAACACUGGCCAACAGAUCUCGGUUGAUAUUUCUAAUCCGGGAUUGGGGAAUUCCAUAUGAAUAUUCGUACGGAAAAGAUGGAGGAACAGCAUACAUUGUUAAGAAGCUGAAAGUACACCAAAGUCAACACGAAGAACAUCAGCGACUUCGCAGAAAUUUGGAUGCCUAUUUUCCCGAUAUUGGGGGGUUUCUUUUGCCUCAUCCUGGCAAAGUUGUUGUAACAAGCAAGACUUUCAAUGGAAAGGUGAAAGAUAUCGAUGAAGAAUUUAUCGAUUAUGUAAAGAAGCUAGUUCCAUACAUACUGUCGAAGGAAAAACUGGUCACAAAAAGGAUCAAUAGUGCGGAUGUGAAAGGAGAGGACUUGUUAAAUUAUAUCGAGGCAUAUGUCUACUCUCUGAAAAAUGAAAAACUCCCAAGUCCGCAGACGGCUUUUGAGGCUACAGCUGCGGUGGGGAGACGUUUAGCAGUAGCUAAGGCCCUGAAAUUAUACAAAACCGAGAUGGAAAAGGUUUGUAAUCUACAAGUCGGAGAGUUUCUUCCCGAAAGCGAGUUAGAGAGUCAUCAUGAACGAUUUAAAGUAAUAGCAAGAGAGGCACUCAAAGAUACACCAAGAAUGCAAGUGAUGGAGCAAGAAUUUGAAUGUAUAGCACAACUUGACUCUCAAAUCGAAGAUGCAUACACCUACUUCAGAAGCUUGAUAGCACAACAGAACAAAAACGCUAUUCUUAAACAAAUGGCAGAUGCUGCUAAUGCAGCUAAACGAAAAGCACAGGCAGCACUUGCUGCGACAGGAACAGCUGUAUUCACUGCAGGGGCAGCUCUGGUGGCAAUUCUUCUUAAGAAAUAGAAAACAUGAUUGGAGAGAAAAAUGCCAAUUUGCUGCAUACGCAUACUUAUUUCGAAAUAUUU